CGUUGCAGCCCGAACAGUGUUUUUAAAAAAGUAUAAAAAUCAACCGUCAUAAUAAUUUUAGGUGAUUAUUACACAUGUUCGACUUAAUUGUAAUUCUUGCAUUGACGGCAGGCAGGAUUCGGCUAAGUCAGACACGGGUCCUAGAGCUGACUGUUGCUAAGCUACUAGUUUAAGAUUGCACGACUAGUCUGUUUGAACUCAUUAAGUACUAAUUGUAUCAUUUCUGAAUUUUUAUUUUAUUUUGUCACUUUAUUAAAUCCAAGUGUCGAUUUUUUUUGGGCUCCAAGUAACCGAACAUGCGUUUCGUGGCCAAGCGUUGCGGAGUGUGCUUCAACCCGCCGUCUUUAGUGGUGAUUUAUGUAGAGAAGGACACAAACAAAGUGCGAAAACGAGUCAUCCCGGUGAGAAACUUCUGUAGAACUUCUGACUGCUGCCUGGUUGCUGAGGGCCUGAAGAACCACCCCCGGCAUGAGGACUACUUGGAAAGAGUGCCCCAGAUCCAGCUGGAGAGGCUCUUGGUCAUCCUGCGGGAUCACCUGCACGGCUUCACGCUGAAGCACAGCUUGGCUUCGCUUCAAGUGGACCCCGACGAAGACCUGAACAAGCUGGGCGACGAGGCGCUGGCUCUUAAGAAAAACCGAAUGGACGAAGUGUUCGAAAAGAACCGUACUCGCAACGGGGACCCGAAUUUUGUUUAUGACCUGGAGGUGGACUUUGGCAAGCGGGCAAAGGAGAAGUGCAGCUGGGAUGAGGAUUCUGAUAACGGGUUUUGACGUUUUCCGUCUAUUUUCUGUACCGCAUGUCCUCAUCAGGGCCCCGAGCCUAUGGCCGUGCAAUCGUACGUGGUAAACCUUAAAACUUUACCUUUUCAGGGGCCUUGUGGUUGGACUGUCCGUCUUGAAACUGGAAGGUCGUGAGUUCAAACCCCGCCCGAGUCAUACCCAAGACUAUAAAAAUUGGACCCAUUGCCUCACUCUCAGUAUCAAGGGUUGGAAUCGGGGGUUAAAUCACCAAGAUGAUUCCCGAGCCCGGCCACCGCUGCGGCUCACUGCUCUCCUCAACUCCUAGGGGCUGAACACAGGGAUGGGUCCAAUGCAGAGUAUCUUUUCACUGUGUGACUAUCGUUGGGACUUUAACUGUAACUUGGACAGUGGGUUGACAACCAGGGGGAUUUUGGGCUCGCUCUGCCGAGAGGAUGUGCAAAUGCCGGAUAGAAGUUGCACAUGACCAUUUGACUUACCCCCACAUUACGAAUUUCACUUCAAGGUCAAAGUACCAGGACAAAACCCUCUCAAGCAAGGGGAAAAUAUGCCAACUCCACAGCAUUGAUUCUAACCUGGAAUAAAGAAGUUUUUUUUCUAACAGGUUGUGGAAUGUCAACACAUUCAGAACACAGGCAUAAUUUAUAUCACACAGCACAAAGACGACAGCCGAAUGAAUAAUAGAGGAUAUUUAUUUGAUAUAAAAUAUUGAAUAUACAAAAUACAUUACCUUUGGCUCUUUGUUUGUGGCUUACAUGACUUGCGUUCACAGUCGACUAUGGGAUAAGACGCUUAAAGUCAAUUCCAUGUUAUUGUGUGCGAGAGGAAAAAGUCGGUCCAUAUGAAAUAUGGCAUGGUUUGAAAUGAAAUUAAUAAUGUGAGACUAACUUUGCAGUGUCAGACCUAAGAAAAGGGGAACGUUUGUUAUUAAAAGUGCUUUUCGUUGACCACAAGUACCACAAUACAUUCAAAAAAGUCAGGAUUUUUUGGGGCGGGCAGGGGUUUGUCCAACCUUGUGUGCUGGAGGUAGGUAACAUAGAAAUCUUUUUAAAGACGUACAAAAUGCUUCAUUUCUCAGCAGGCUUCUAUAUCUUAAAAAUAAAAAAAAUACAAUUUCAAGUAUCCUUUAGCCACAAUGCAGGAUUCUGAGUCGUACGCAAGUGAAUUUGUACGCCGCUUGAUUAAACGUGAUGGUGCUCAACAAUCCACAUGUGGCCUUUUAAACAAAGCUUAAUGACGCAAUAAUUUCUAGUGUGCAACUAAAAUAUAUAUAUAUAUAUAUGUAUAUAAUUAAACUAUUUUACUCCAAUAUUACACAAUGAAUGCUGCUUAUUUUUUCUUCUUGUCUUGAGUGCAUCUUGGACAAAACCUGAGAAACAACAGAGAAAAAAAAUAAUUUCAAUGUAAACAAACUGUCGGACGAUUGUGGCAAAAGUAUGAAUAACGAUUAUUUUGAUUGAUAUUUAGAAAUGACAAUAACACAAUUAUACAUUUUUGAAAACUUGUACUUGCUGUACCACAAAAACUCAACUUGAAAUAUAAUUUUAAAGAACAUCUGGUUAUGAUUUAGUAAUGAUUAAAUAAGUUAAAAAAAAUAAUAGUAACGAUACAUAAAAAAAAAAGAAAAUAAUUUUCAGUUUUUCCAUUCAAAUCUUUAAUUCAAUUUUUUUACCUUCCACAGUUUUUUGCUUUUUGUGUCUUAAUAUUUGUUAAUCGAAUACAAAUAUCCAAUUUAUUGGACAAUUUCGACACAUCGUGUUAUUGUGACGGGGCAGGGGGGAAGUGUGCUGCAGUUCUGAUCUUAACGUGUGCAGAUGACUUGGAGCGGUUUAAAAAAAAUAAAUGAGAGAGCCUUUCAA